AUGGUAGAAAUCAACGAAAUUGAGUUUAUCGAAGAACCGGAGUACUUCAAACUCCAACAUGGGUCCUGCUUCUGCAUGGUGGAGGAGGAAAAGAAACGAAAUGAAAAAUUCUCCUGCGAAGAAAAAAAACUUCCGAACAGCAAUUUCACAAUAAGUAAUGCCAAACAGAAGGGCCUCUACAUUUUUAAUAAAAAUUUAAACGUUUUUUCCCUGUCUGACUUUCUGUACAAAAUUGACAAUGAAAACAGCAAGGACAGUAGUGACAAAAUAAACAUAAAAUCCCAGCCCUUCGAGGAAAAUGUCCUCUUAAUUGAGAACAACAAAACGGACACGCAGGCCUUUUUCUACACGGACCAGCAGAAUAUUUACGUGUUUGACUAUGGCAGCGAGAAGGUGAAGCUCCACUGCCGGGUGGACGUCCCCGUGCGGGGGCUCAAGUAUAUAGAUGACCACUUGUUCCUAGUUCUAAGCACCGAUGAACGAGUGCACCUCAUGAAGAACAAGCAGCUGUACGAGUGCCAAGAGUGGACGGACCGAGUGAACAACAUUGAUGAGAAAAACGGAGUGUUCCUCUUCACGUACUCAAAUAAACAAGUGUUCAUUUUGAAGGAUUCCCAAAAAAGUAACACAUACGAUUUGAGUAACAUAAGUGAAGAAAUUGACAUUUCCCAUGAUAAAUGCAAUAUAAUGUGCGCAAAAAUUUUAGAAGCCGAAAAAAACAUGAGGACAAUCUUUCUCAUGGUUUUGUACAAAUACGAAGAGGAGCUAACCACCAUUAUGUAUGACCUGCAGAUAGAAGAGGACAAAAUAAAGAAAGUCACAUAUUCCACGAAUGAUUUUGAUUUCCAAAAUUUUGAAAAAAAUUUUGUCAAAUGUAUUUACAUAAGCGAGUGGCAAACCGUUGUAGCCAUUUCUUCUGAGUCGUGUGAGGCGGUCGUUUACACAAGAAAUGGGAAUAUUACUUCUGAGGGAAGCGCUGCUCAGCCGGUGGGGGCAGACCCCAAUAUGGCAGAGUGGGACAAGUCCAGUGGAUUAAAGUUCUUGAGCGUAAUGGAAGGAUACAAAAUAAACACGCGAGAAUCGGAAACUUUUUUUCUGUCCCUGUUUAUGUAUACCAAAUAUGAGGACAAAAUUUAUAGGAAGAGUAAAAUAGGGAAUGUGCCAUUUUUGAAAAAUCCCUGCGUUUUCUUUGCUCUUCAAGAUAACCACAAAAUAGUAGUAGAAUAUUUAGACAAGUACAAGUUGGUAGACAACACGGAUUUUUCUACCAAUGCAGUGGAGGAUGGAGAUGCGAACGAUUGCGGAAUGAAAGAAGUGACUGUCCUCCCAGAUUUGAAACAGGACGUGGUAGAGGUGCACGAACCGGUCUCCUCCAAUGUGUUUAAUAUAUUCAAAGUCAAGGAGAGGGUGACCCUCAACAAGAUGGAUCCAACCAAGGGUAACGAACCGAUUGGGGAGAAUAAGAAGGAAGGCUUCUUUGACCUUUUUCGCAGUAAGGUUAAUCCCAGUGAGGGGGAAGCUGUCGAUGGCAAUGUGAAAAGUACAGACAAGGAGGUGAUACUACUUCCAGGGAAGGAAGCCACAUGUGUUGUGGGCCAACAAAGUGGCGUAAAUAUCGAGAUGGAUAAAACGUGUGAACAAUCCCCUGUGAAGGAUGAUCAUGAGGCCCAUGAGAGGGUUCGAAAGAACCAACUAGCCAAAGAACGGCACCAUCUGUACAGAUGCAUUCGAAGAAGCGCGAAAGUAUACGAGGAUGAAAGCUUCAUUGUGAAUGAGGUACCGGAAUCGUUCAACAAGUUAAUAAAAAGUGGGAUAUACUUCUGUGAAGAUUUUUUGAAUCACCUGAAUGUGCAUUCUAUAGAGAAAAGGGAAAGUCCCAAAGUGGGUUCAAGGAAGAAGGAGUGCUAUUACGACAAGGGGGUGGACAAAGUUUUGUUCUUACGUGAUAGUGCCAUCGGGGAGGAUGCAGACGCAGCGAGGGAAGAAGACGAUGAAGAGGAAAAGAAAAAAAAAAAAAAAAUACCAAAAAGGAACAAAAAUGAAUUUCACCACCAUUUCCAUUGCGAAGAUUUUGACUUUUACAAACAUAAGAAAUUAUCUGACCGUCAGUGUGAGCGCAUUAUAAAAAAAAUUGAGCGUAAGCAGGGUUUCUUGCGCGAUAUAAAAGGGAUAUUCCUUAGUGAGGAAGAAGGCCCAAACGGUAAAGCGCAGUCAAAUGACGAAUCUAAGAAGAAGACGCUUCCCCCUCAUAAGGACGAACCAACGAAAGAUCCAUUCAAUAGGGACAUUCAAGUUCAUAUUUCAAAUGAAGAAAGGAGCAAAUUCUAUGAACAGUUAGAUUCUUACUUUUCCAAAAGGAAACUCCUAAAAGUGAGGAAAGAAAUUUUCAACGAUUUAAAAAAUGGCCAGCUUGGCAGAGGACACAUAUUCGAAACGGUCCUCUACAAUAUUUACAAGCAAGGUGGAAUGAAGCACUGUGAAGCGUUCAUUUAUUUUCUGUUAAAAAAUAUGGAGGUCAAGAUAUUCUCCAGUUCCUUUUUUUUACUCGAGUUGUAUUUUGCACAUCUCCUCUCUCCGUACUUCAAGCAGAACAGAACAAAUGCGCUUCCAUCAUAUGGGCAGAAAAGUGCACCAAGCGUAAAGCUUUCUUCGUUAAAAAGCCUUUUAGGCAACCCUUCUAGUGGAGGCAACUGGUUGAGUGCUCACCCCACUUACGGCGACAAGGAGCCCCCCCUGGACAGCGAAUACAGCACAGAUGAUAUAUCAGAAGAUGACCUAUUAAAGAAAAUAAAAAAUGAGAAAGAUUUUUCCAAAAAGAAUGAAUACCUUGCGAAAGUGAUUCCCUUGUUUAAUGAACCCACCAGCAAGGAAAGCGAAUCCACUUCGUUCCAUUUGAUGCACGCUGGCAUCCACUUUGCGAACAAGAGGAUGUGCAACGCCCUUUCGCAGAAGCUCUUCCCUAUUCUUGUGGAUAGCAGUCUGAACAAGAUGGACGACGAAUUGGGGUUAAUCAAGAACUACCUCUUCGACGUGGUUCUGAGCAGCAGCUAA